UCCCAGAGGAAAGAAAUGUCCAACAGCAGCUCCAUCACCCAGUUCCUCCUCCUGGUCUUUAUGGACACACAGGAGCUGCAGCUCUUGCACUUCUGGCUCUUCCUGGCCAUCUACCUGGCUGCCCUCCUGGGCAACACCCUCAUCAUCACCGCCAUAGCCUGUAACCACCACCUCCGCACGCCCAUGUACUUCUUCCUCCUCAACCUCUCCUUCAUUGACCUGGCCUCCAUCUCCACCACUGUUCCCAAAUCCAUGGCCAAUUCCCUCUGGCACACCAAGGCCAUCUCCUAUGCAGGUUGUGCUGCCCAGGUGUUUCUGUUUGCCUUAUUGGUUGCAGCAGAGUAUUCUUUUCUCACUGUCAUGGCCUAUGACCGCUACAUUGCCAUCUGCAAACCCCUGCACUACGGGACCCUCCUGAGCAGCAGAGCUUGUGUCCACAUGGCAGCAGCUGCCUGGGGCAGUGGCUUUCUCAACUCUCUCCUGCACACGGCCAAUACAUUCUCCGUACCCCUCUGCAAGGGCAAUGUUGUGGACCAGUUCUUCUGUGAAAUUCCCCAGAUCCUCAAGCUCUCCUGCUCAGAUGCCUACCUCAGGGAGGUUGGGCUUCUUGUGGUCAGUCUCUUGGUAGCCCUUGGGUGUUUUAUUUUCAUCAUGCUUUCCUAUGUGCAGAUCUUCAGAGCUGUGCUGAGGAUCCCCUCUCAGCAGGGACGGCACAAAGCCUUCUCCACGUGCCUCCCUCACCUGGUCGUAGUCUCCAUGUUUUUGAUCACUGCCAUGUUUACAUACCUGAAGCCUCCCUCCAUCUCCUCCCCAUCCCUGGAUCUGGUGGUGGCAGUGCUGUACUCAGUGGUGCCUCCAGCAUUGAAUCCCCUCAUCUACAGCAUGAGGAAUCAAGAGCUUAAGGAUGCAGUGUGGAAACAGAUAACCGGAUGUUUUUCUGAAUUAAUAAAAUACGGCAUAGUGGUUAUAAUAUAA